AUGCCCCUUCAGUCCGGUAUUUUCGGUGGUCAGCCCUCCUUGGCUUCUGCACCGUUCGAUCCUUCAUUGGACCGCUCAGACGUCACUUUCGGCAAUGCCACAUCCGUGUUCAACCUGACGGCCAUCCGUCUGCACAAUCGGCCGGCAUUCUUCCUCGCGCAGACAGUCAUCAAAGCCACGCUCUCCCCUGCCUCCCCGCUUCAUCCGCUCGCGACGACCGUCAUUGACGCCGCGUCGCCCCUUCUGGACGGCAUUCUUCGUCAGUAUCUGCACAACGAUUUUUUCGCGGGAAGCCUAUGGCUCGUCGCGCUCGGGUUCAUCAGCCGAACCCUAAUGACCUACUUGCAGGUUCUAUGGAGCUACGUAAUUCGGCGCGGGAACGUCACCAUCAGCAUCUCUCCCGAAAGCCAGGCAUUUCAGUGGGUGGAGGAGUGGCUCGACUCGCACAAGGAGUUAAAGCCAUCGGAAUACUCCCUGCAGAUUAAUUGGAAUGACGAUGACGGCGCUAAUUCAUCCCCCCCUGAAAAGCCUGAGCUUCGGUUCAUGCCCAAGCUCAAAGCCGCCCAGCACAUCACCUUCAGGGGGUCGAAAGUUUUCUUUCAAAGGAAAAACAGCCCCGGGCAGCUUGACAGCGAAGCAGAAUUUUCAGAGCUCAUCCGUUCAAUGAAUCAGGAGGAGCUGGUGAUUGAAGCUCCCAGCAAGGCCGUGCUACAGGCGGUGCUGCAGGCCGCUACAGAUGCAGCCAUGGCGAAACGGCAGGAAGAGAAGCUGACAGCCAUCCAGCGGUGGAACUGCCGGCAGUUCUGCUGGCGGUGGUCUGCGAACAAGCAGGUCCGUCCGAUGUCCAGUGUGGUCCUGGAUUGCGACACGUCAGCGCUGCUGGAGGACGCGCGGGAGUUUCUGGCUGGCGCCAAGUGGUACGCGGAGCGCGGCAUUCCCCACCGGCGGGGGUAUCUAUUCCACGGCCCCCCAGGGUGCGGCAAGACGUCGCUGAUCCAGGCCAUGGCGGGCGAGCUGGGGCUGGGCGUCGCUGUCAUCAGCCUCGCCUCGUCCGGCAUGAGCGACGACUCGCUGCACACGGCACUGACCAACUGCGACCAGUGCAACCUGGUGGUGCUGGAGGACAUCGACGCCGCCUUCACGGCCGCGCGCUCCAAGGCGGACGGCAGCUGUGCGGACAGCCUCUCCUUCUCGGGGCUGCUGAACGCGCUGGACGGCAUAGCAGCGCAGGAGAGGGGCAUCCUCGUCAUGACCACCAACCACAUUGACCGCCUCGACCCCGCCCUCAUCCGCCCCGGCCGCAUCGACUUCCGCCUGCUGCUCGACCGCGCCUCCUCCGCCCAGAUCGCCCGCCUCUUCCUCCGCUUUUUCCCCAACUCGCCUGCUUCUGACGCUGAUGGUUUUGCAGCGCUGUUUCGCGAGCGGGCGGUGAGUCCUGCGGCGGUGCAGGGCUUCCUGCUGCUGCAUAAGGACAACUCUGCUGCUGCGCUGGCUGCUGCUCCUGCGUUUGCCAAGGAGAGUGGUGCAUCUGCUUCUGACUCGCCUGCUGUUGCCCUUUCUGCUGAUGCUGCAGCAGGUGAUGUGGCCGCUGCGUCUUCUGCUGACGUGAAUGCCAUAGGCGCAGGCAUUUCUAAUUCAAGCAGCAGCAUGACGGGCAGCCCUGGCAGGCUCACAUACAAUCCUAGUGCAGAGAGCCCCAUGUCAAUCAACGGUGCAGAUUAUAUUGCAGAGGGUGAUGAAGCGCGGAAGGGCUGGAUUGCAGUGGAGGAAGCAAGCGAAGGUGGCAGCGAGAGUGGAGAGGGGAUUGUGAGGCAAGCGAGUGGGGAAAGGGGACAGUUUGGGGGAGCGAAAAGCAAGAGUUUUUUUAGGCCACGGUUCGGGAUGAGUGUGUUUGGAAGGGGGCGCUUGAGCAGGAGUAACAUGAGAAGAGUAUUGGGUGAAAGAGAACAGCAGUUGGGUUGGUAA